AUGGACGUCAAGCAAGCCGUCGGACUCUUCUUGAGGCAACUCCCAGACGAGAUCGCACUCGAAGACCACGAAACAGUGGACGACGCCCUCGUGAGGUUGCGAAAGUCACUGCAAAACAUGAACUCGUCCAAUCCCACGUUCUGGAAGCUCUCUCUCGUGACGCGUAUGAAAGAUCUCGUUCGCGACAACAUGUCGUCCACCAUCGAAGACGCCGUCGAACUAGCGAUGCAGGAAGAUCCAACGUGGAUGCUCUUGCCUUCCAACGACGGCGACAGUCCGUUGGACGCAUUUGUGGACGACAUACUCGCCAAGAAUCCCGUCGGAUUUGUCAAAGUUCAACGACAGCUAUCCGAUAAAGUGUCUGCCGACGUUCGAAGCAUCAUGGAGUACAUCCAGAAGCACGUGAAGUCUGGGGCAGAUCUUCAGCAACUGUUCACGGAUAGCGCAAACGACGUCAUCAACGUCACCGCAGAGACAAAGCAGCAGUCCGGACAGCAACCCAAGCUGUGCUGCGACGCACAAGUCUUCAACUUAGACAACCUUGGCGACGACGAGUGGGGCGACGCCAUCGCUCCGGGGGACGACAGGGCGGCAGCGUUCUCCCUGAGCCCGAUCAUCGAUAAAAUGAAGCAAGCAUUCACCGCGGUGUCUCGCGCCGACGUACUCCGUGAACUGGAGCAUACAUCACCCGACUGCAUUGUUCAGGCGGAUGGCUUCUUUUUGUUCUGUAUCGCGCUCGUUCCGAUGUUUUUCCACAGCGACAGUUGCGACCGUGCCCUCGUGUUUUUCUGGAAGGUCGUCCAUGUCGUCGACGACUGUUCCAUUCAAUGCUCGCUGUUUGUCGACUUGAUCGCGACGUUGUUGGCACUGCCACAGGCUCACUUGUGUCUGCGUAAGCAGUCCCUGGAGCCGUCCCCACCACCCGCUCAUCAACACCCACCUCAUCACCAUGCCGACAAACAGCAACGCCAUCACCAGGUGCCUCUCUUGAACGUCUGCCGCCUCGUGUUUGCGUUCCUGCAGCUCUUGCCAGCUACGUGGAUCUACGUCCCAAAUGAACUGCGCACGAACGUCAUGCUGUCCGCGUGUCAAUUCCUGGCGUUUUCUGUCGACGACACGGCACCUGCCAUCACAACUGGCCACGGUGGUGCUGCAGCAGCCGUCCCGUCAGAAGAAAGCUCCAAACCUUUGCCCCCAUCGAGUUUGCUCGCCUACAUGGACGCCUCGAGCCACUGGUUCACGUAUGCAGAGCAAUGGCAUUUGCGCAGUCCGUUGAAAGAACAGUGGCUGCGGGUUGUUGUACAGAGUGGACUGGUCACGCACGUAGUCGCACGGCUCGUAUUUGCACACGAGACGAUGGGCUUGUGGCGAAAAAUCGAGUCCCAGAUCCAGCCGCACAACCUGAGCCGACGUCGCAGUGCCAAAUCUGUUGCGCACGGAGCCCCGAAACAUCAGGAAGCAUCCCCUCACAUCUACGACGAGCUCCACCGUCGCAUGCUGGUUCAGACAACCCACAUGCUCCUGACGCUUCUUCCAUUUUCAACCGUUCGACAGAGCUUCCCUGUAGUGGUCACGAACCCGUUCAUGGAGCCCCCUGCCAAGCAAUCCAAAAGACCGAACUCGGUGGCCAUGCCUCCACCAUCCACCCACGAACAACCGACGAACUCGCAACUUGAGGCCGACGAAGCCACCAACAACUUGAUCUAUCAAGUAAAAGGCCCAUCCAACAAUUCACCAACUCUGUCUCAACCAGACGCUGUGAACAAGUUGUCCGUGCCACAUGACGUCGUUUGCUUACAUGUCAUCUUGAUGUCUGUCGUUGAAGGAUGGACAGCUGACGUGUGGACCAAUGCGCCAGCCAUCCCAACGUCGUGUGCUUCGCUCGUCGCAUCCCUCGUCAAGUCGAUGCACAACUACGAUAUCUACCUCGUGCUAUUCGACGUCCUCACGGCGGUCUUGUCCGAAACUGGCGAGUCGGCUCCGCUCCUACCUCGAGACUUCGGCGAGUUUCGAUUUCCCUACGAGGUGGCUAACAACAUCUCUGCGUUUCUCGUUGAGCCUGCAAAGUCCCUACUCGUCCAAUUCGUGGCACACUUGAUCCCUCGAAUGCCGUGCCAGGCCAACGACACCAACGUCGCAAAAGAUGCACGCAUCUUGAGCAACAUCAAGGAGAUUAUCCUUCCCUUGCUAAUCGACGCCGUCACGGCCCUGCCGCCGUCCAAAGCAUCGUGCGAGCGCAUGGCGACUUUAGUCUGCGCGCCGUGGUGUUCAACUCAAAUUGUCCACGCCGUUGCACGCUGCAGCGCCCACUCCUCAUGGUGGAUAGUUCAUUUUCACAAAUUCGCACCGUUCCAGCCAGCGUUGCGAGCGCAGAUUGCACAGGUCAAUGGCAACGCUUCCCGCGCGACUGUUGUGUCCAAUCUAUGCGCAACUGCCGUGGGUCUGCUCUAUUAUCACGACCUCUUGUUCGACGUCUUGCCACUCGAGAGCCUGUGGGAACCUCUGCCGUCCCAUCGGUCUCUGUUUGGAAUCUGCCAAUUGGCCAACGUUCCAGCCGUCGCGACAGCGUGGCUAGAGUCUUGUCGUCGACAAUCGGUUUGGCGAAAUGCCAUCAACGUCAUUCGAGAGGACGUUCACGGGUUGGAUGCAGUCUACGGCUCGCUUGUCGAAUGCCCCUUCCAUCUGCGGGUCCCUGUACACGAGUGGUGGCAUUUCCGAAGGCUCUGUUCCACGCCGUAUGCAGCCACUGCAACUUUUUCUAUCGGUGACAUCACGACAUGUCCAUCGGAUGAAGAGGGCAAUGUCGACAGUAAUGCAUCGCUCGACGGCAUUCUGCAGUACUUGACGUCCGUGUAUUGCUUCGACACCAGCGCAACGUCGUUCCGAGGAUGCCAAGUCGUUUCAAACAAGUACCUUGGCGUCCUAAACUGCACGUGCGAUUGUGUGGCCGACUCUGCGAACGCGGUGUGCAUCUUGGACCCGUCCAGUUGGAUGAUACACAGUGUGCGGCAGUUCGUAGCAAAUGUUGGCGGCGCCUUGGAAUGCAAGCGAGUGACGUCCAUGGACUCGCUACCGUCUGGUCAAGUGCGUCGACCUCCGACGUCAUUGUCUCCAUCUGCAACCUCUUCCCUCCAUCAAUGCAUGCAGCAAGUGCUCGGCUCGAUUGAUGCUACCACGUCGUACUUGGACUUUGUCGACCAUGUGAAUGACUCGUUCUGGCGCUUCCUCGCGUGCUUUGACAGCGAGUGCAUGUCGACGUCCACACCGGAAUAUACGAAGUGGUUUGGAGACAUUCUGUGGGCCAUUGUGUGCACCGGGAAAAGUCGAUGGAGGCAGGACAGGUCCUCUUGUCCACCUACCAAGACGUCAGCGGGCCAAACCAAUGCCUCUACGCUGCACUGGGCCAACUCGUGGACGAAAGCGUUCAGUCAAUCCAGUGAAAAUUUGGAAAACGCGGUUGGAUGCAGCACGCUGCUUCGAAAAGUCUUCCAAGCGUUCGGGGACAACGCUGCCGACCCAUUUGUCUGGACUUGCGUCACCAUGCUGUCCGAGCGCAAGCUCGACACAGAAGUCUUGGCAUUUUUCACGGCGUUGCAUAGCAGUGCAAACUCCAUGUAUGUGUGGCCUCUGCAACUACGAGCGACCACAACCAUCAACACGCCGAUGGUUCGCGUCGCGGCGGCGGUCGAAAUGAUUCUCCAUCUCGAUUUUCCACACAUUGCGCUGGCAUUGCGUCGUUUGGAGUGCCCUGUCCUAAGCCUCGUCCUGCGGUGGCAGCACGCGUGCUUUUGGAACGUCCUCAACUGGGGAGAAAUCAUGGGGUUUGUCACACUGGCAUGUCUUCAUGGCGUCGAAGCCGUCGUGUUCCUCCAUUUGAUCGUGCUCCAUCAUGUCAGCACGUACCAGCUGAACGCGAUCACAACUGGCGACGAACUGCUUCGGCUUCAAAUUCAGCCGAGGUUGACCUGGAGCACCUACGAAUCGCUCUUCAACCGACUGCGGGAGGCACACUACGAGCUCGUGGCCGACCUCCUGAACGAACAACCGCAAUGA